UUAGAGCCUAUGCUUGGGCGCCGGUGACUCAGAGUGUUCGCGGGAGCGCCGCAUCCAUACCGGCCAGCCCAGAUCCAGAGGUCAGACAGCGCCUGGCCCAGAUCCCCACGCCUGCCAGGAACCAGACGAGAGCCAGUCAGCCGGCCGGCGCGCUCCCACCCCGAGCAGUCUCUGUCCUUCGGCCCGAGCCCCUUGCCCUUCUCGGGACCUCUGCCCCGUGGGCAGCGUUGCCACCCUGCCGGCCAUGGAGACCCCGUCCCAGCGGCGCGCCACCCGCACUGGGGCGCAGGCCAGCUCCACUCCGCUGUCGCCCACCCGCAUCACCCGGCUGCAGGAGAAGGAGGACCUGCAGGAGCUCAAUGAUCGCUUGGCUGUCUACAUCGACCGUGUGCGCUCGCUGGAGACGGAGAACGCAGGUCUGCGCCUUCGCAUCACCGAGUCUGAGGAGGUGGUCAGCCGCGAGGUGUCCGGCAUCAAGGCCGCCUACGAGGCAGAGCUCGGGGAUGCCCGCAAGACCCUCGACUCGGUGGCCAAGGAGCGCGCCCGCCUGCAGCUGGAGCUGAGCAAAGUGCGCGAGGAGUUCAAGGAGCUCAAGGCACGCAAUACCAAGAAGGAGGGAGACUUGAUGGCUGCCCAGGCCCGGCUCAAGGACCUGGAGGCUCUGCUCAACUCCAAGGAGGCCGCACUGAGCACUGCUCUCAGUGAGAAACGCACGCUGGAGGGCGAGCUACAUGACCUGCGGGGGCAAGUGGCCAAGCUCGAGGCAGCCCUGGGUGAGGCCAAGAAGCAACUUCAGGAUGAGAUGCUGCGGCGGGUAGAUGCUGAGAACAGGCUGCAGACGCUGAAGGAGGAGCUGGACUUCCAGAAGAACAUCUACAGCGAGGAGCUUCGUGAGACCAAGCGCCGCCAUGAGACGCGCCUGGUGGAGAUUGAUAAUGGGAAGCAGCGUGAGUUUGAGAGCCGGCUGGCGGAUGCCCUGCAGGAGCUUCGGGCCCAGCAUGAGGACCAGGUGGAACAGUACAAGAAGGAACUGGAGAAGACCUAUUCUGCCAAGCUGGAUAAUGCCAGGCAGUCAGCCGAGAGGAACAGCAACCUGGUGGGGGCCGCCCACGAGGAGCUGCAGCAGUCCCGUGUCCGCAUCGACAGCCUCUCUGCCCAGCUCAGCCAGCUCCAGAAACAGCUGGCGGCCAAGGAAGCAAAGCUGCGGGACCUGGAGGACUCGCUGGCCCGUGAGCGGGACACCAGCCGGCGGCUGCUGGCGGACAAGGAGAGGGAGAUGGCGGAAAUGCGGGCAAGGAUGCAACAGCAGCUGGACGAGUACCAGGAGCUGCUGGACAUCAAGCUGGCCCUGGACAUGGAGAUCCACGCCUACCGCAAGCUCCUGGAGGGCGAGGAGGAGAGGCUACGCCUGUCCCCCAGCCCCACCUCGCAGCGCAGCCGCGGCCGGGCCUCCUCCCACUCGUCCCAGACACAGAGUGGGGGCAGCAUCACCAAAAAGCGCAAGCUGGAGUCCACUGAGAGCCGUAGCAGCUUCUCCCAGCAUGCUCGCACCAGCGGGCGUGUGGCCGUGGAGGAGGUGGAUGAGGAGGGCAAGUUCGUUCGCCUGCGCAACAAGUCCAAUGAGGACCAGUCCAUGGGCAACUGGCAGAUCAAGCGCCAGAAUGGAGAUGAUCCCCUCCUGACCUACCGCUUCCCGCCAAAGUUCACUCUGAAGGCUGGUCAGGUGGUGACGAUCUGGGCUUCAGGAGCUGGGGCCACCCAUAGCCCCCCUACCGACUUGGUAUGGAAGGCACAGAACACCUGGGGCUGUGGAAACAGCCUGCGCACGGCUCUCAUCAACUCCACUGGGGAAGAGGUGGCCAUGCGCAAGCUGGUGCGCUCAGUGACUAUGGUUGACGAUGACGAGGAUGAGGAUGGAGAUGACCUGCUCCAUCACCACCACGGCUCCCACGGCAGCAGCUCGGGGGACCCCGCCGAGUACAACCUGCGCUCGCGCACCGUGCUGUGCGGGACGUGCGGGCAGCCUGCAGACAAGGCGUCUGCCAGCAGCUCGGGAGCCCAGGUGGGCGGAUCCAUCUCCUCUGGCUCCUCCGCGUCCAGUGUCACAGUCACUCGCAGCUACCGCAGUGUGGGGGGCAGUGGGGGUGGCAGCUUCGGGGACAGCCUGGUCACCCGCUCCUACCUGCUGGGCAACUCCAGACCCCGAACCCAGAGCCCCCAGAACUGCAGCAUCAUGUAAUCUGGGACCUGCCAAGCAGGGAUGGGGGCGGAGGCUUCCUGCUUCCUCCUCACCUCAUGCCCACCCCUGCCCUGCCCCUCCUGGGAAGGGGCUUAAAGCCAAAGAAAAAUUCCCCUUUGUUUUUUCUUCUAUGUUUUUGUUUUUUUCUAAGAGAAGUUAUUUUCUACAGUGGUUUUAUACUGAAGGAAAAACAUAAGCCCCCCCAAAAAGCACAUCUAUCUCAAUCCCCCUCUUUUUUUCCCUGCUUCUGGGAAACUCCAUAUCUGCCUUAAAACCAAAGAGGGAGCCAAGGGAAAGGGAUGCUUUUUACAGAGCCUAGUUUUUGCUUUUCUGCCCUGCCUGCUGCCCCCAUCCCGGGGACCCUGUGACAUGGUGCCUGAGAGGCAGGUGUGGAGUCUUCUCCGCCAGCCUCCGAGGGAGUAGGGCUGAGCCAGGACCCUGGGCCAUCCCCCGUCGUUCCAUUACACCUGGCUGAGGCUCCUCCGCCUGCCCCACCCCCAGUUCCCCCCUGCCCCCAGCCCCGGGAUGACUUGAUUCUCCCAGGUACCAGCUGUGCUUGCUUUUUCUGUAUGUUAUUUAGACAAGAGAUGGGAAUGAGAUGGGAGGGAGAAGGAGGGUGAAGAAAGGUUAGAAUGAGCCUGCCGUCACCCAGCUUCAGAGCCAGGGGUGGGCUCUGCCCAGUCACUGGAGGUCGAGGUCAAGUGGAUGUAGAGGAGGAGGGAGAGGGAGGCUGACUAGAAAAGGGGAGAGCCUGCUGGGGCCCCACCACAGAGGAGGAAGGGUGGAGGGUGUGUGGCAGUGAAUUUUGGCAAAACACUAAGGAGCCCCGUUCCUCCCACUUCCCAUCUGCACCCCUUCUCUCCUCCCCAAAUCAAUACACUAGUUGUUUCUACCCCUGGCUGCUGUGGUGUCUGUCUUUGUUGGUGGGCGUCACUGUGUGUUCUGAGGGGCACACACACACACACACACACACAAAUGUCGCUCAGUCACCGCAUCCUCACGCCGCCCAGCCUUGCCCCUGCUCUAGGGGAGAUGCGACAAGGCCCUCAGAGCUUCAGAUGCACAUCUGGGCACCCAGCGGUGACUGAUGGGGAGAGGCUCUGACCUGAGCAUUGCCCACCCAGUGCAGGGCUCUCUCUCCAUAAGUCCCUCAGAGAAGCAGAGCCUGAAGGAUUUCCUUCCAAGCUUUCUUCAACCAGCCAGCACUUAGCGAGCACUUUCUUCGUGCUGCACCCUGAACUCAGCAUGAAUACUGAGACAUAUGAUGAUAGGGACCCAGUGUGAGGAUGGUGACAUCUUAGGACCUGGGGCAAGGACAGGUGGGGAGGAGGACAUAGAAGCCAGUGAGAGCAGCAGGAAAGGGGCAGGUCUGACUUCGCAAACAAGCAGUUAAUGUCCCUCAGCGCCACUAUCCAUGCUCAGCUCAGGGACAGGGAAAUGGACAAGACGGUGUGUUCAGUGUCCUCAGGGACCUUACAGUCCACUGGUAGCCAGAAAACGUGGACUGCUGUGGACAAAGGGACGUGUCAGGCAGAGUAGGAGCCUCAGAGAGGGAGGACUAUCAUCUGGGGGAAAUGAGGAGCCCAGACUGAGGGAAAGGGCCCCAAACAGGGAAAAUGAGCUAUAGGAACCAAACUUUCUCUGGCCCUUUAUAAAUUCCAAAGCAUCUCUGUGCUAUUUCAUUUGACCCUCAUACUGUCUUGACAGGUGGUUAUUGUCCCCUUUGCCCCUGGAAUUGGGGACUCAGAGUUAACUCGACAAGACCACACAGCUAGUAGAUGGCAGAGAACCCAGGGUCCUGGCUGCAGACCCCUACUUCUGUGACGCUAUGCUCCCCUUCUGAAAAGAAAGUGAUGAUAAAAUAUAAGUUCAUAUUCCCUGGGACAGAGGAGUUGAGCCUGCAGUCAAAAGUCAGUGAGGGGCUUCCCUGGUGGCACAGUGGUUGAGAAUCUGCCUGCCCGUGCAGGGGACACGGGUUCCAGUCCUGGUCUGGGAAGAUCCCACAUGCCACAGAGCAACUGGACCCGUGAGCCACAACUACUGAGCCUGCGCGUCUGGAGCCUGUGCUCCGCAACAAGAGAGGCCGCGACAGUGAGAGGCCCGCGCGCCGCGAUGAAGACUGGCCCCCGCUUGCCACAAGUAGAGAAAGCCCUCGCACAGAAACGAAGACCCAACACAGCCAUAAAUAAAUAAAUAAAUCUAUU